AGGUGUAAUUAGGAUCUAACAAGUUGCCUUACUCGUUUUUGUUCGUGAUGAGAUAUUAAAAAAUAAGGAGAGGAAAGGCAAGGGGGGUGUAUGUGUACAGCAAUGCUGUAUAGUGUGUGCUAUGUGCGCAUGCGCUCAAGAAGCUUAUGUCGGGCUCAUUAUAAUUUAUAUUCAUAAAACUCGUAGGCCUAGACUAGUCAUAUUUCUGCAUGACCAUGGCUUCUUCAGCAGGUUCAGGUGAUUUACAGAUCAAUGAUAUGAUUAAGAAAUAUUCAGAAGCAAGGAAGCUAUCAGAUGAGGAAUCCAAGAAUGAUCCAGAAACCAAUCCCUAUAAAUCUAAGUACAAAGCAAGAGAACUGCUUCAUGAAAUACGGAAAGAACUUGAAAAUUCCAGUGAGCAGGGAGAAGACUCCAAAGAGCUCAAGUUUCGGUUAGCACUUAUACAGUAUCAACUAGGAGUGAACUUCUUAGAGACAGAGGAGACAUCUUCGGGCCAUGAACAUCUUACUAAGGCAGAUAAGAUUCUCAAAGAGUACAGACUAGAUUCUAGAUGUGUCACCACUGCACUCAACACAUUAAACCAGCUUGCUAUUCUGUGGUGCACAAGGAGGGAUCAUUCCAAGGCAAUGGAAUUCCUCAAGGAAGCUCAAACUGUGUUCCACACUUUCAAGAAGGAUGUGAGCUCAUCUCCCUCUAUCAUUCAUGAAUUACUCCUACCAGAAACAGACUUUCCAUCUGAUCUAGAGAGGGAACGAGAGUUUGAGAACUGCUACACUCUCACUCUCUACUAUCUGGCACAGGUGUUUGAGAAGCAAGGAGAUAAGACUCUGGCUGCUAGAUACUGCCACAUGACACUGCAAAGACAGCUGAGUACUUUCCAGUAUGACCCUAUAGACUGGGCUCUGAACUGUGCUACUCUCUCACAAUACUACAUCACACAAGAUGAUUAUACAAAGGCCAGGCAUUGCUUAGCUAGUGCAACUCGCAUAUUUUCUGAAGCAGAAAACAAGCCAAUCCCUGAAGACAUGGAGAGAGAUGACAGGGAUGCUCGGCAAGAAAACAUUACGAGUCGUAAGGCUGACAUCAACAGAUGCUGGAUCAAAUACUGUAUCUCACUUCUUCAGUUCUCCAAAGAACAUGAGCUGAACGGAACUCUCGAGAAUGCAUCUAGCACUCCCUCUGCAUCAAAUGACAGAAUAGAAACGCCCUCUAUAGCCGAGGAUGAGCAGACGGAAUGCGGAACGGAAGAAGACAAACUGGCCGAUCGCUUUGAAUCCCUAGAACUGACUUCAUUAGAAAGUCAGGUCAGAGAUGAGGUGGUUCGGACAUUUGAUGAGGCUCGUAGCUUGUUUCUACCUGCUCAGAAGUGGAUCAAUGCUGCCAAGGAAUACUAUGUUAUUGAUGGAUUCGUCUCAGAUCAUAUAGAACUAGUUAAAGAUCACAGUCAACUCUUCAAAUUGAUAUCGUUCUUUGAGAUUGAUUUUGAACGACGAUGCAAGAUGCACAAGCGACGAGUAGACAUGCUUGCCGACAUGCUGGAUGGUCUGAACAGACAACAUUUUCUCACGAUCUGUAGACAACUCAUGUUUGAAUUGGCUGAAACUUACAGUGAGAUGAUGGAUUUGAAGAUAGCUCUAGCAGAGAAACAAAGAGUUCCACCCACACACAAAGUAGCAUCCAAGAUCAACGUCUUAUGCAAGCAGAGUUUGACAUAUUACCAAGAUUUCAUUCAUUCAACAAAGGACCAUGAGGGAAAGUUGCCUGAUAAGUUUGAAAGUGAUGUCUUGAGGCCCGUCUUGGUAGCUUACUUCUGUGUCGGAAGAUUAUAUUCAAAGUUUGUAACACCUAGCCCUCCUGAAAGAUUGGACUAUCUACAGCUCAGUUUGGAUAGCUACAAGGCAAUAGUAGACUACUGUGACAAGAAUCCUGACCAUAAGGAUACAGUCAAGGAUGAACUGGAUCUUUGCAGAGAGAUGACAGAACUGAUUCCGCUCAGGAUGGCCAACAUCAGAGGAGAAAUCCAGAUGAGGUAGAAGACCACACCAGAGUUUUGGCGGUGUAAUCAUUGACAACCUUGCGAUGAUAAUCUUUGUGGCUUGUAUCUCUGACAACAAACCAAACAAAAUAUGACAUUACAGUGAAUGGCCAAGAAUCAUUAAUGUUUUAAGUCGGCUUGAAGAAGGUGUGGCGAUGUGUCUGAUGCAUGAGGUAUUAGUCAGGACUAUGUUGUAGGAUUUAACUUUCUGUGAAGAAGUAUGGGUUUAGGAUGCUGAAAUUAGGUCUGGCAAUCUGUGGUGCAAGUGAAUAUGAAAACUAGCACCCAGCAUGAUGUGGGCAUUGGAUAUCGGUACUGAAUAAAUUCCUUUCAAUUCCAUGUU